AUGGUCUCCUUCAACAGCCUCAUCACCUUCCUCACCCUCGCCGCCGCCUCCCCUCUCAGCGUCAGUGCCGCCUCGGUGCCCCGCCAGUACGCCGAGAAUGGCGAAAUAGUCCGCGAGGGCGGCUCUUGGCUCCCCAACCCCGAGACCUCGCCCCUCAACACCAGACAGACUCCUUGGGACGACUACCACCGCAUGACCGAGUUCUUGACCGAGAAGAGCGUCUGCCACUACCUCCCCGUGCCCAAUAGCCGCGACACCAACUGGCCAUGCCGCCAAUGCUGCGAAAAGUUGACGGGCAACUACGGCUCGAGCCCGGAGGCGCAGUGUGUCUGCACGACCAUUUCGGUUGACCUCGAGGCUAAGAUUAUCGAGGGCCUCGAAACCAGCGGCGCCGUCAUCUACAGUGUCUGGCUCUUCUCCAUCAGGCAGGUCCUCGAGAAGGUCAGCUACGCCAUUCCCGGCGGCGGACCCGUCCUGAGGGUUGUCAAGGCUAUCGCCAAGUCUAUUCGCAAGUUAAUGGGCUCUGGAAAGGGCAAGGAAGCGUGGGCUUCUAUGGUCAAGGACACUUGCGGUUCCAAGGGAUACAACGUGAACAUGGGCAUCGAGAGGGCUUACGAUAUCUUCAAGAGUGCUCCCUCUGAAUAA